AUGUUUUUGGUAUUUGAACGCUGUCAGGAUGGCUGGUUUAAAGGCACUUCCAUGCACACCAGUAAGAUCGGAGUGUUCCCGGGCAACUAUGUUGCACCAGUCACCAGGGCUUUAACAACUGGGACACAACCCAAGGUUGUCAUGGCAACAGCAGGUGGAGCUACACAGAUGGUGAACAUGGUAGCACCAUGUUCAAGUGCAGUACCUUGCCAGAAGAUACAAGGAAAUGGACCAGAAUUUAGCAAAACUGUUAAUAUAAAUGGCGUCUCUACCACAGUCAUUCCAGGUACCCAUAUCCAGACCAGCCCUCAGGCUAAGGUUCUGAUGCAUAUGAGUGGCCAAAUGACAGUGAACCAAGCCCGGAAUGCUGUCCGGACAGCCGCUGCCCAUAAUCAGGAGCGACCGACAGCUGCAGUUACUCCCAUCCAGGCUCAGAAUGCCUCUUCCCUUAUCCAGGGACCAUCUGGGAAUGGCCACCAAGGCUCUCCUGCCCAACAAAUGCAGCCACAGCUUUCAAGUUCAGCUGCAUACAUCAAUGCUGCCAUGAAUCUCAACAGAUCAACUGUGCCAAUGUCUGCCAACUGUAGCGGUAACAGCGGGACCUCUGUGGAGGCAGAUGGCAGUUGGAAAUGUGUCUCUGCAGCCACUGGAAGCUCUUCAUCUCCUGAUAGUAUUUCUGCACCUUUAAGUUCUUCUGCUGCUAAUAAGCAAGACAAGGACAGCAAGAAAGAGAAAAAAGGUUUGCUGAAGUUGUUGUCCGGUGCAUCCACAAAAAGAAAGCCUCGAGCAUCUCCUCCUCACUCUCCUACACUAGAACUGGAACAGACUACACCAGAGGCCACUUUGGAAGGAGCAGUUGGCCCUGACAUUCUAACCAGUACUGUCCGAGCUGCUUCUGGAACUGUCGAUUGUGAAGCUGUCAAUGCACUGGCACAGGAGAAUCGCAAAACUAAUUUGGUGGAUCCUAAUGUUCCUAUAGCACCUCCACCCAGGCAGCCUUGCUCAUCACUGGGCCCUGUACUAAAUGACUCUAGACCUGUGAUCUGUGAAAGAUACAGAGUGGUGGUGUCAUACCCUCCCCAGAGUGAGGCCGAGCUUGAGCUCAAGGAAGGGGACAUUGUAUUUGUGCACAAGAAACGUGAAGAUGGCUGGUAUAAAGGCACACUACAGCGCAAUGGCAAAACCGGCUUAUUCCCAGGCAGCUUUGUGGAGAAUAUUUAA